AUGCUUAUCAGAAAAGCAUGCAACGCUGGAUUCGCACGUCAAGAGCAUCAAUCAUGUCCGGAUCCACCUCCACAAGGUGAAGAAGUCUAUGUUAUAGAUGCAACAGACAUUUCAGAAUUGCCAGUGACAUUCAAUGUGGUCGAGACAAUAUCAACGACGAAAACUCCCAUCCCGGAUGUCAAACCAGUUUUUAAAUCAGAGAUGGCGACACCUGAUGAGAAGUGGCUCAGUUCCUUCCGGUUACCUACAAAGGUAUAAGACAUAUAGUGUGAUCAUUAAUACAUCUACAAUUAAUAAUUGAUGAGAAAAUUAGAAACACAUUACUUUAUGAUUUUUUGUGUUGGUAUUUACCAGUGCUGUAACGAGUCACCUGCAGGUCGAGUCACGAGUCGAGUCUUUUCAGUUUCUGAUCUGAUUAUAUAUUAUUGCAUAAAUAUAAAAAAUGAAAAUAGCCGGUCAGAAUUAGUAUAAAUACAAAAAAUUUUGAGACUCUAUUUUAAAAACUGUACGUGGCACUAGCGUUGUUUCUAAAAACAGAAAUGUAAUAUAUAGGCAUGCCCGUCAGGAAUAUACUGUAAAUCCCAUAUAUUUUCUGAUAAAGUUUCCAAGUUAUCAUUGUUCACAGGUUGACAGUUCUGCUCAUUGUUUUUCCCAAGCAAUUCAAUUUUCGAGUCAUUUGGGGCUGAUGACUCGAGUCGAGUUGACUCAUUUUUUGUUUUGGACUCGAGUUGCUGAAAAUAGCGACUCGAGUCCGAGUCAAUGACUCGACUCGUUACAACACUCAGUCUGGUAUUUAUUUUGGUUGCAUGAUGACAAUGGAUAUUAUUGAAAUUGAUACUAUUGAUCCAUUGAUCCUUGGCCUCGCACGGAAUGUUAUUGAGCGGAUAUCCCAAUGAGCGGAUAUCUUUUUUUCUUUUGAUGAGUUAUGAAUGAGUUAUGAACGAAUCGAUAAGUUAUGAAUGUUCAGAGGACGAAAAACGAGACUCUCAAUGGAAACAAUCAUGAAAACGAGGUUUAAUAGCCAAAGGUGUCGUAGUGUCGUAAUUUUUGUUAUCACUCGAAAACACCUGAUUUCUCUGCAUGCCAGCACAAAUCCAGAAUCCGAAACGAAAUUAUCAAAAUCACAAUUUAUAAAGUUUCGAAAAGUUUUACCUUAAGUUUAUAACCUUUUGGCAAAACUUAAACAUUCAUUUUGCCGUGGUUUUCAAAUAAAUCUUUUACAGAACAUUGGGGGAAAAUUUGAAAAUCCAUAGAAUGGAAAUUUUUUCCAGUGGAAAUAGAAUUACGUUUGCAAAUAAUCUGUAUAUCUUUCAUUUCGACUUUUAGUUCUCUCCAGGGGUAACUGCAGCCCUUGAGAACAAGUCUUUAACAGGCAAUACAAGAGACGAAUUCAAUAGAGACGUCUGUAACAGCAUCAAAGUCCAUACCAUGAAUCCGAAGAAACACGAAAGGGACUUCGUGGCAUUUCGUAUCAUAACGGAAUAUCCGUUUUUGGCCGACAAGAUUGGUUGUGGAACGGUAGGUGGUAAUAUUGUAUGUUAACAUGUUUUUGUACGCAGACGUCACAGUGUAGAAAUUAUUUUGGUUCACGAAACGCUGAGGUGGGCUCAAAAUCAAUCAGAAAAUACAACCUGUUUCAUCCAAGAAGAAUUAUCAGGGGUUUUCUGAUGAUUCCUCUUGGAUGAUACUGUACAUGCAAAAUUAUAUUCAUUUUUAAAAAUGUAACAUACCUAUCAUUUCCAUUCUUUAGGCAUCGUGGGAGCAAUCGAUAAAAAAUCGCUUCAAAAACCAGCGAAAGCUAAAAAGAAAAGCCAAUCCACAAUCAAUCGAAAUCGCUCCUCGCACUAAACAGACUGCAAGUGAAGAAGAGGCAAUUUCCGGGGAGACAGGCGAAACAUGCCAGGAGCAUCUCAAUGCCUUAAAAAAGGAAAUGGCCAAAACCAAGAACAAAAAUUUCUUUCUUAUUAAAGAGCUGAUGGUAGCAACUUUUGAAGCAAGAAGGAAACACAUUACGACAAGUCCAACAACACUACAUGUCCUUCUGUUGGACUAUCCAGGACUGAGGCUAGUUUCAGAGGUAUAGUCAAAAGCAAAAUUAAUAUUAAUAACAAAUCCAAAAAGUUGAUUGGUCAAAUUUGAGGUACUUAGCGCUGUUAUAUUCACUUACAGGUGAACAUUUAAUUCACUUACAGGAGAACAUUUCACAUUCACUUGCAGGUUAAUUAACCGGAAUUUGCAAAAUGGCAGAUAUAGCAGUUUUGUGGAAGUUACUGAUAAAAGAAAUAAGUGAAAUUAAAAUAAAUUAAUCAAUCCCAAAAAACACAAAAGACUUGUGAAAAAAUACUACUUAAACAAUUUUUUGCCUCAGACUCAAUCAGGGAAUUAUUUACUUAGAAUUUAUCAACAUCAUUUAUGCUGAAAUUUGCUGUGUUGGUGUAAUGUACUCAGGUGAAUAAGAUGCUUGUGUGAUGUUACUCUGAGUGAAUAUCCACACCGGACAGGCUUGAAAAAUAUGCCUGGCCACGGUGGGAUUUGAACCUACGACCUUUGGAAAGGUCCUUUCAAACCUUUGGAAAGGUCCUUUCGAACCUUUGGAAAGGUCCUUUAAUUCAAAGGUCGUAAGUUCGAAUCCCACCGUGGCCAGGCAUAUUUUUCAAGCCUGUCCGGUGUGGAUAUUCAAUCAGAGUAAUAUCACACAAGCAUCAUUUAUGCUUUCAAAAUGUGAGUAUGAACAUGAUGCUUGGGAUCUUUAUGCUCAGCAAUUACAUACCAAGAUAAGUAUGCACAAUCCGGGCCAGUAUAAGAAUAACCGGUAAAACAGUUAAAUAUAUAAACAUUUGAUCACAACAUACCUGUACAUAUAUUGUCCUAUUUCAACAUUUAGCUCAAAUCAGAAUUCGAAAGAAUAAUUGGUUUGACUGGGACCUGCAGAAAGAUGAUGGAAAUAUACAGGCAUUACGCUCAAGCAAAAAUACUUGGUCUUGCCCAAUUCAAAGCAAAAAAGUCACCAGCAAUCAUGCAGAUUCUGCAUGAAAUGGACGAAUGUAUCAAAGAAGACACAGAGAAGAAGUCGGGUACAGUACAACUUUUUGAAAGGAACGAAUUCCUGGUGGCAUGAAAUAAAGGAUCCCCAGCUUGUAAAAGCACACCCUCAAGCCUACCCAUUCAAUACAGUACCAUUCAAAGUGGCAAAGGAGCUAUGUAAGAAUAUACAAAAAUAGGGGAUAAUUUUUGAGAUGGGAGGAGCCCAAAAGAGCUACACCUGUGGUAUAAAAUAGUUAAUACUAUAUAUUGUAGAUUAUAACUGUAACAAUAAUGUUAUUAUAUUUUACCUUCUCUUUAGAUAUUGAAGAGGAUGGUUCAGUAAUACUUUUGCAAAUGCUGCUCAAAGAAAAGUCAACAAAUGUUGAGGCAAUUAUUAAACUCUGCUCGGUAUGUUUUGAUAUAUAAUUAUAUUACAGUUUAUCACUCUAUGAAUAUAUCUUAAUCUUUCAGAUGGAAAAUGAGGUCAUCAUUCCAUGUUUUGCACACCAAUAUAGGUUAGGGUUAGGGUUAGGUAUUAGGGUUAGGGGUUAGGUUUAAGGUUGGGGUUAGGGUGUGUAUAUAUGUGUAUGGAGGUAUCUAGUGAACUUUUCAAUACACUAUAAUAUCCAUUACAUAACAUUUACUAUAUUAGUGCGCGAAACAUGGAACGAUUACCGAAAAUGACCUGUGUUGUUUAUAAUUGAGACAUGAAAAUUUAUGAUCAUGAAUCCAUAAACAAUCAAAGGGUGGGUAUUGAAGUCUAGUAAACAACUAGCCUUCUUAUCUUUAUCUUAGGACAACGAAUCAAUUGAUGACUUCAUUCAAAAUACAAUUGCACCGAUGUUAAUUGGUGCUGGGCAGUUAGGAAGCAUCACACCUUUAUACCUGGCAUCGGAAGGAGAAAUCAUAAUCAAGUUUUCAAACACAAACCUUAUAAAUGCAGUGGUGGUUCUAAUUACCUCGUAUUACACAUUCAAUGUGAAAUACCCAAACAAGGGUAAAAAUGUGUACUGCUUCUUGGAAGCAAUUCUACUGGAAAAAACAGACGAAGCCAAGCGAAGGGUUGCCAUCAAUCGCUUGAUGCAAGAGAUGGACAUGUAA